AUGGUUUCCGCCAAGUCAGUCGCUUUGUUCGGCAGCAUGCUGCUGGGCAACGUCAUUGCUGAUGACAAGAUGGGCCCGGCCGCCUUCCUCUGGCCCCCUGACCGUGAGUGGAGCGCCGACGCCGACAACAAGGCGCCUUGCGGAUCCACCAAGGGCCCCGGUGUCCGCACCUCGUUCCCCCUCGUCAACGGCAAGCUCGCCCUUGUCACCCAGGACCACACCCGUGCUGUCCACCUGAGUGUCUCUUACGACAACGACCCGAAGUCCGCUUCCGACUUCGAGACCUUCAUUGGUCCCAGCGACAUCAGCAGCCUCGACCUCGGUCACACCUGUGUCACCGUGCCCUCCGCUCCCGCCGGCGUCACUGCCGGCUCCAACGCCACCUACCGCAUGCUCUACGUCUCCAACUUCGACCAGGACGAGUCCAAGCGUGAGACCUUCUACGCCUGCUCUGACGUUACCUUUGUCGACGUCUUCACCGCCUCCAUCCCCUGCUUCAACGCCACCGUCUCCGACCCCGACGUCGACAUUGACAACACUGUCAACGUCACCACCACUGACGCCGGUGGCAACACCCCCCACACCGCCGCUGACUUCACUGCUGCCGGCGAGUCCAAGUCCUCCGGCCUCCCCCGCGCUACCAUCGCCGGCGCUGUCGUCGGUUCCAUUGCUGGUGUCUCUCUCCUUGGUCUUGCUGGUUUCUUCCUCUGGCGCCGCAAGUCCGCCAAGAAGAACGCCGUUACCGAGCCCAUGCAGCAGCGCUGGGACGCCGAGAAGGCUGUCAGCGAGACUUCUUCUCAGCACAGCGGCCGCACUGGUCGCCAGUAA